AUAAAAUGUUUGAUGGUUAUUGUAGGUAAAUAAUGUAACCAAAGCGUGUAAUGUAUAAUAAAUCAGAUUUAGAAUGUGGUUAUCCAAGAUAAGAUUUCUAAUUGGAAGGAUUAUAAUGUUCUGUUUAUAAAUGCAAUAAAUAUACACAAUCAUGUAUUUUAUAUUUACAUGGUUAUAAUGGAUCAAGAUUAGAAGGUGUUUAAUAUGCUCCAUAUGUAUGCAAAGUGGAUUUUGAUUUUUGUUCAUUUGACUUUUAGGCAGCUGGAUAAUCAGAGGGAGAGUUUGUAACUUUUGGGUAAUUAGUUAUUUUGAUGAAGUUUAAAAGAGGAAGAGAAUGUAGCUUUAGUGAUGAAAUAUUUGAAAGAGAAAUAUUUUCAUAUAAUUUUAUGGGGAAGAUCAAUGGGUGCAUCUACAGCAUUAAUGUAUGCUUAGAAGAAUAGAAAUAUAAAAUGUUUGGUUUUAGAUAGUCCUUUUUUAGUUUUAGAGGAUGUAGUACUAAAUUUAAUAAAAUUGAAACUCCACACUCCAGAAAUAAUAAAUAAAGGAUUAUAUGAGUUGAUUAGAAGUAUAUAAUAUUUAAUAUUCUAGGAUGCAUUGUUAAAUUAUUCUAAUUUUAAAUUAAUAAAGUCUAAUUACCUUUAAAUUUGAAUAUUACUUGUCCAAUGUUAUUGUUAGCAUCAAAAUAAGAUAAUUUAAUUCCUUAAUAUCAUUUUGAUACAAUAUUCAAGGGAUAUCUUGGUAAUAAGAAAAUUAUUGCAUUGCAAAGUAAUCAUAAUGAGUAAAGAUCUACUGAAAUUAUUAAAACUAUUAUUGCAUUUACUUAAUCAAUGACACCUUAAAGUAGAUUUAGUCCAACUAAAUAUCCUGAGCGUCUAUUAGGAGAUUUAGAUGAACAAAAAUAUAUAGCAACUGGAAUUAAAAUUAAAUAGAAAAUUAUGAGAAAUCAAUCAAUAUCUACACAUAAUAAGAAUUCUGCAAAGAUCUAGAAAGACAAAGCUUUAAUGCAAUUGUCCAAUCUAAAAUGA